CUACUAACUGUGAUACCUUAUCUGCGACCAAUGCCUUAAAUGUCAUAUCUGUAUUUGCUUUAUACUGUAGAAGAUGAACAAUUUCAAUUAGAAAAACACAGCCAAAAAAAUCAGGAAAAUUUCAAUUUCUGCAUGGACGGAGGGAAAAUUUUAUUGUCUUUGGGGAUUGCUUUUGGUCAGGAAAAUGUCAGUACUUGCAGUUUUUGAAAGAGUUUGAGAAUUCUCUAAAGAAUUCAAAAGAUAUUUUGGUGGAAAAAUUGUCUUGAUAUGGACACGUGUUCUUAUUGGGUAUGUUGGUCUUUUGGACUAAUUUGUGUCGGUACCUCAAUCUCAUUUGUUGCGUCUUAUCGUCCUUUUUCUUCCCUCCUGUCUUGUUAAUUGUGUAUUGCUACGUAUAGCCCUGAACUAGGUAGCUACAUCUAAUUUAGGACUAUAAUAUAUACUUUCUUCUGUCUUGGUUUCUUUGAAAGGGAGUUGUCUGUCAACUGGGUUUGUCUAUAAGUCCUUUAUGAUUGUGAAUAUGAACUUGAAAUGGAUGAAUUUGUGGGGGAUUUGCUGUAUAUCUGCAGGUUCUACUGCAAUUUGCUUUCCUCUGGAGAAAGAAUAUCUUCAAAAGAAAGAUGGCAACAAUAUCUCUGAACAUACAAGGCUUCUAGAGGGGCAGAGAAGUGCAGUCUUGAGGAUUGGAACUCCUAAAUUGGACAAGAAAAAUAUCCCUCAUGGUAGAAUUGAAGGGCAGGUUCCAGAGUUGAAGCAAAACCCAAAGGUGGUUGUGCUCAAAGUGUCACUGCACUGCCAGGGAUGUGCCAAAAAAGUGAGAAGGCAUCUAUCUAAAAUGGAAGGGGUUAUAUCAGUUGCCAUAGAUCUGGAGAAGAAGAUGGUCACAGUCAUGGGGAAUGUAUCACCCAUUGGAAUUUUGGAAAGCGUUUGCAAGGUCAAAAAUGCAGAGUUGUGGCCUAGCUCCAUAAAAAUAUGAUAAUUAGUAAUGUGCAGAAUAGAAAGCUCUAGUUUUAAGGGAAAUGGAUCAUGUUGCCUGCAUUAAGACUUGCUCACUGAUUUUGCAUGUAAUUCUAUCAGAACCCAAGUCUCAAAUUAUAUAUAUCAGUUAAAUGUUAUUAUUGGAAGUCA